AUAUAUAUAACUCUGUUUCUACCGAACAAGGUUUUGUGGAGGAGAAGAACUCUCCGUCACGUUUUUGUUACCAUCACUUCUUCCUCCCAACCACCCCAACCACCUUCCCUCUCUGCCUGUCCCUCUCUUUAGGUGCGACGUCUAGAAAAUUCUAGGGUUUUAUCGCCCUGGAAUUUUAUGUUCCAAAUUCUAUCAGGUUUGUUUGCUUUCUCCUUAACUUUGGUACUCUUUCUCUCAAUUGGGUUUUGCUUGAUUGCCAAGAAACCGCAGAGAAAUCUUGAGUGAAUUGUUCCUAUUGCUAUAGGAACUACUGAAAUUUAGUUUCCUGUUUAAGUUGAUUUCUAAAAAAAAAAGAAGAAGCUCUUUUGGGUUCUGAACGGUUUAAAGUUCUGGAUGUUAGACCCCUGUCGAGUUUCCCUCACUGACUCUAGUUCCAAGAUGUCAAGCGUGGAACAGCCCUUAGGUCUGGACCGAUUUCCAAGCUUGAGCGCUAUUGAUGGGUUCAGUAGGUGUUCAUCCAGUGCUUGCAGGCCCAGAGGAGAGGAUAUGGGUAUGGGAAAUUGCUUUAUUGAAGGGAGAAGCUGGAGCUCAUCCAAUAGCUGUCAGCAUCAGGCUUUCGGUUACGAAUAUGGAGCUCCGUGUGAUUCUCGGUACUUGCCUGAUCAUUCUUAUUGUUCCUACUGCAAUGACAAACGCAUAAGGAGCAUACCAAAUAAGUUUUCUAAAUUUGUACCGAGGUAUGUGAAGAUAGUGGAAGUUGGUCCAAGGGAUGGGUUACAAAAUGAGAAAAAUGUUGUGCCUACCUCUGUGAAGGUAGAACUGAUUCAUAGGCUAGUUUCUUCUGGGUUAUCUGUUGUUGAGCCCACGAGUUUUGUCUCGCCAAAGUGGGUACCUCAGCUUGCAGAUGCAAAGGAUGUAAUGGAAGGAGUUAGAAAUGUGAAGGGUGUGAGAUUGCCUGUUUUGACACCCAAUCUAAAGGGCUUUGAAGCGGCUGUUGCAGCUGGGGCAACUGAGGUAGCCAUCUUUGCAUCAGCUUCUGAGUCCUUUUCAAGGUCAAACAUCAAUUGCAGCAUUGAAGAGAGUCUUAUUCGUUAUCAAGCAGUUGCUCAAACUGCGAAAAAACUCUCAAUUCCUGUUCGGGGGUACGUCUCAUGUGCGGUCGGGUGCCCAGUGGAAGGAGCUAUUCCUCCUUCAAAAGUGGCAUACGUGGCAAAACAACUUUAUGAUAUGGGCUGCUUUGAAAUCUCCAUUGCUGAUACAAUUGGAGUUGGAACACCUGGUACUGUUCUUCCAAUGCUCGAAGCUGUAAUGGCAGUUGUUCCUGCUGAGAACCUUGCAGUUCACUUUCAUGAUACUUACGGCCAGUCACUUCCAAAUAUUUUGGUGUCCCUACAAAUGGGGAUUACCACUCUGGACUCUUCUGUUGCGGGUCUAGGAGGUUGUCCAUACGCCAAGGGAGCUUCCGGAAAUGUUGCCACAGAAGAUGUCGUUUACAUGCUUAAUGGACUUGGUGUGCAAACCAAUGUUGAUCUGCAAAAGCUCUUAUUGGCUGGGGACUUCAUAAGCAAGCAUCUUGGCCGUCCUUCAGGUUCCAAGACUGCCAUUGCCUUGAGCCGAAUGACUGCCGACGCCUCCAAGAUAUAGAAAUUGAGCUUAUAUAGUGUUAUACUAAUUGGAAUAUUACGCAUGAAGGGGGAAUUUUAUAUUGGAAAUGAUAUUCACACUCUCCUUUUUAAAAUCCACACUCCAAUUUUUGUCUUUAUCAACAUGAAUUUACAAUGUUGCCCUUGGAUGUGUGUAGAAGUGUAUUGAUAAAAGGACAAUAUAGUAAAUUCAUGCGGAUAAAGACAAAAAAAAGGAGUGUGAAUUGUAAAAAGAGAAGUGUGAAAAUCACUUCCCUUUUAUAUAUGUCACGCCUUUUUAUAAUUCGUGUAAUAGGGCAUAUAUAUACGUAUGGAAUAAAAGAACUUGAAGCCACAGCUCCACUAACUAUGUUGGAAACUGAUACUACUCAUCGUUUCAAAUCUUUUCCAUCUUUGAGGAGAAGUAUCUGGUAGUAGAAAGUAUAGAAGAUUAAGUUUUCGUUUCA